AUGUUAGCAAUUAAAAAUAACAUUUCUUUGACCCGUAUUAUAGUUAAGAACAGGUCAGCACGAUUGUUGUUAUCUACACAAAAAAGAUUCAACUCAGAUAACGUUUCAACAACCCAAAACGAUAUUCAAAAAAAAGAUGAGGAGGUUGGCGAGAGCAAUAAAACCGAAAAUACAGGUGUCAUCCACAAAUCUAAAAGAGAAACCUUGAUUUAUUUUGAUAACAUUUAUCAAAGAGCUGGUUCUAUUUUUAAUUUAUUACAAUGGUACGAUUUCAUUUCAUUAAGAUCCACCACAAAGAGCACUAGCCAAAGGAUAAUGAAAUAUGCAAAUAAUCCAGCAAACCCUAUACAUGGAUUAGAGCUAAAUUCACUUGUUCCAAUGAGGAAGGAUGGGGGUUGUUUUGCUAAGUUUUAUAUUCCACCAAAUUAUACUCUAUCUGAGGUUAAUGCUAAGAUCCAAUCAAAUACUGAAUUAGCUAGCAAAGGUAACUUGCUCUCUUUUAUAACUAAAGUUACUGCCUUCCCAGUGAAAGGUACUCCAUGGAUAGAAGAUUUAAAAAGACUACCAAAAAAAAUCAUUCAUGUUAAAUUUGAGGGAGAACAUAUUUUCACCGAAGAAGAACUUUACGCCUUGUUUAGAAGAUACGGUCAAAUAGUAGAGAUAAUUGCUGGUGGGACGCAACAAGCUACCAUUAUCUUCAAGUCUUUAAAGGGCGCCACUUGUGCCAAAAAUUGUAUAAAUGGUCUUUUUGUCAAUGGCACCACAUUGCAUAUUCAAUUUGAUAAAAAAGGUUCUUCUACGUAUGUUAGAGACUUUUUUGUUAACCAUACCAGAAUUGCAGUUCCCUUGCUUUUUGCGUUUAUUUCGAUCCUAGCUGUGUUGAUUUUUGAUCCGAUAAGAGAAUUCAUGAUUGAACAAAAGAUUACACAUAAAUAUUCAUUAUCAAAGGAUAACUACUGGAUUAAGUAUUUAGCAAGAUGGACCAAUAAAACUAUGAGUUCUUUUAGGAAUUUUUUGGGAAGUUACAAUUCGAAGCAGCAAUCGGACGUAACAUCAUUAUGGGAAGAACGUGUUGAGCAGGCUAAUGAUUUGAAAAUGUGGUUAGAAGAAAAUAACAAUACAUUCGUGAUCGUAAGAGGACCCAGAGGUUCGGGUAAACAUGAAUUAGUGAUGCGUUAUACUUUGAAAGAUAGAAAUAAUGUUUUAUAUUUAGACUGUGAAAAUUUGGUUAAAACAAGAAUUGAUUCUAAAUUUUUAAAAAAUGCUGCCUCCCAAUUGGGCUAUUAUCCCAUAUUUCCAUGGAUUAAUUCUAUUGCAAGUAUUGUAGACUUGGGGGUUCAAGGAUUGACAGGUCAAAAAUCUGGAUUGUCUGAAUCUAAGGAAAAACAAUUUAAUACUAUGUUGGGGACAAGUUUGAUGGCUAUUAGGAGAAUUGCCUUGCAAAAAUAUAAGCCAACGAUAACACUAGAAGAUGGUACCGUGGUAAGUAUUAAAGAAGAGGAUUAUUUACAGCAACACCCUGAAGAAAAACCCGUCAUUGUGAUUGAUAGGUUUUCUAAUAAAUCAGAAAUCAAUAAUUUUGUUUACAAAGAGUUGGCAGACUGGGCUGCACUUUUAGUUCAGAUGAAUAUGGCACAUGUUGUGUUUUUAACGGAAACAGUUUCUCCAAAUCAACUAUUGAGUGAAUCCUUACCAAAUCAAGUUUUCAAAAACUUGGUUUUGUCAGAUGCUUCCAAAGAAAAUUCAGAGAAAUAUGUUUUAGAACGUUUGGAUGAAAAGUAUCAGAAUGAAAAAUUACGGAAAGGAGUUGAGACUUCACUAGCGCCCUUGGGUGGAAGGAUGCUGGACUUGCAAGGAUUUGUCAGAAGGGUUAAGUCUGGUGAAAGCCCUGAAGAGGCGUUGAACAAAAUGAUUAUUCAAUCUACUGAACAAAUUACUCAGAUGUUUUUGAACGACAAAGCAAAUCCUUUAAGAGCGGCACAAGCUUGGGAAUUGAUUGAAUUGUUGAGUGAAAACUAUUAUGUAGAUUUUGAUAAGAUUGUUUUCAAACCAUUGUUUAAAGCAGCUCCGGAGGAAGCCUUGUUGGAUUUAGAAAAACAAGGAUUAAUAACUGUAUCUAGAGAUAGGGGUAUUUUAGAUAAGAUUAUGCCAGCCAAACCGUUAUUUAAAUCAUCCUUUCAAAAUCUAGUUAAAGACGCCAAGGUUUCGACUGUGUUAAAAACUGGAUAUUAUUUAAGAGUCAUUGCUUUUGAAACUGGUAGAAUUAGAAAGUGGGAGGAAGAGUUGAGGUUGUUGGGUAAAGUAAGUGAUCAAAAAAUGUUUAAGAGUAGAUUGGAAUAUUUGUCGAAUAAAAUUGAUUUAAGUGACAAAGUUAUUGAUAACUCUGAGAAUGAAAUUAAAAAAUUAUCUCAAUCGGUAUAA